UUUUCAUCACCAGAUAUGCAUGCAAAUGGCAGAAGGUGCAUCAUCCUCAUUGAUGGCACGCAUCUAUGUACUCUGUUUGUAGAGUUAAUCUCUGUUAUAGGAUCAAACUUCUACAACCAAAACCGUGAAAAUACUCUGGCAAAUAAAUUACUUACAAAUUUCUCGAGUUCCACGAAAGCUCCCCCAUCCAUGGCAACUCUAAACAGCAUGGCAAGCCAUAAACCCUCAGCACUUUUCGAACCCAUAAUCAAAUCCCACAAGUACCCCGCUCUCUCUCCGAUUCCCCUCUCUGCUCGUCUCUUGUACAAAACUAACCCAACCCAUCUAUUACUCUGGAUUAAAAAGAGAAGGAAUUGGAUUAUUAAAACAGUCACAGACGACAAAGAAUUGGCUCCAGUGGAGACUAGCCAUUCGAAUGAAGCUAAGAAGCCUUUGUUCCCAAAUGGGUCCAAUAUUUUAGAAGCUUUUUCUUCUUCUUCAGAGAGAGGAGGUGGUGACGAUGAUUUUGAGAAGUUGAGUAGUAGAGCAAUCAAUGCCUCGAUUGUUCUUGGAUUUGGCACGCUUGCUGUCUCUAAGUUACUUACUAUAGAUCAUGAUUACUGGCAUGGAUGGACCCUUUUUGAGGUUUUCCGAUAUGUUCCGGAACAUAAUUGGAUUGCAUAUGAACAAGCACUUAAAGCAAACCCAGUCUUAGCCAAAAUGACAAUAAGUGGGAUCGUCUAUUCAAUAGGAGAUUGGAUUGCACAAUGUUAUGAAGGAAAGCCUCUUUUUGACUUUGAUCGGACACGCAUGUUCAGAUCAGGCCUUGUAGGAUUUACUCUCCAUGGAUCCCUUUCUCAUUAUUAUUACCAAUUUUGUGAGGCUCUGUUUCCUUUCCAAGACUGGUGGGUUGUUCCAGCAAAAGUUGUCUUUGACCAAACAGUUUGGGCAGCAAUCUGGAACAGUAUCUAUUAUGUGGUUUUGGGGUUCUUGCGUUUUGAAUCCUCUGCUAACAUCUAUAGAGAACUGAAGGCAACAUUUUGGCCUAUGCUGACUGCAGGUUGGAAACUCUGGCCAUUUGCUCACAUGAUUACCUAUGGUGUGAUACCUGUCGAACAAAGGCUUCUUUGGGUCGACUGUGUGGAACUUAUCUGGGUAACGAUUUUGUCAACCUAUUCUAACGAGAAAUCAGAAGCAAGAAUAUUGGAUGCAAGACUGGAAGAAGACUCUAGUUCAUCAAGCAAUCCUCCUAAGGGAUAAACAAAGUAGAGUCACGCAUCACAGUUGUCUAGAAAGAUGAGCAGCAUCAUUUUGGUGAGUCAAAGCCAAAGAAUGAUUGCUUGGGUCUACUUUUGAUGAAAGAGUGAUCAGAAUAAAAAAAAAGUUGCCUACUGGAGGAAUUUGGCGAUAUACAACAUCAUAUAAUUCUUAACCUUUAUACAUUAGUCGUUCAGGUUUUGUGCUAGGGGGGUUAUGAUGGGGCAUAGCUAGAUAUGUUGUAUCAGGGCAAGUUUACUAAGAUUGUUGAGCUAUUCUUGUAUUCGACUGGCAUUCAAAAUGAUGUUAGGGUCAAUUAAUUGUCAAAAAAUUAUAUUUGUACAAUACUCUACAUUUGGUUUCUGUAUCUUUGAAUUUGGGCAUCAUAUAAAUCCCUAAUUUAUGCUUCA